CUUUCUCUCCCGCACGAAUAUCCCGCCUAACAAUCUAAAAUGCCAAAGAUUGUUUCAAAAUCUACUGUAUCGUCCUCUGAUCAACAAGGAAACAACGAAAACACAUCUAGUAGCACACAGUUACACGUAUACUACUGCUUGUGCUCCGAGUUCAUCCUCGUCAUCGAUCAUGAUCUACAGCAAUUACCACGACGGGAGACUGAUUCCAGUUAUGUUGUGUCCAAUGCCGGAAGAACUUUCAAGUUGACUGUAGAACAAGGCGAAACCGUUAUAUUAAGGAGAGAAGAAGGAUAUGAGAAGCAAUAUAGACUCGUAUGUCCACGGUGUAAUUUGUUAAUUGGCUAUGAGACCACGCCAGAGAGGAGAAAAGGUCCCUACACAUAUAUUCUAGAUGGAGCGUUGACGGAGCAACAAGGUUCCUUCGCAUAAUUAGUGAGAUAUCAGAUUUGUACAGCGCACGACACAAUAGAUGGUAGCUCUUUCUGCAAUAGACUUGUAUUAUAACUGUCGGCCACAUUUAUCUGUGAUAAUUAUUUUCUGAAUU